CAUACCAACUCCUAGCGGAAAUGGCUGCUGUGAGAGGUUUCAUAUUAGCUGGUGUUUUCUGUGUGUCCGUGUUUUGUAUUUUCUCAUGGAAAUAUUCAGUCAUAGGUGUUCAAGCUGCCUUACAGUUGGCAGGACGAGGACUGCUGUUUCUGGCUCUGGCAGCAUGGAUGGUCUCCUCUUUGUACCCAAAGUUGAAGUCUUUUUUGUUUCCAGCUAGUCCUGCAGAACUGGAAAAUCCUGUUGAUGAAGCAUCAAGCAGAGUGAAGCAGGAGCGAGCGAGAAAAGAGCAGCAGGAGCGGCACAUUGUUAAGUCCAGUGCUUAUCAAGAGGCUGUGUUGAAGCCUCGACAGGAAGCAGUGCGCAAGAAGAAAGAGGAAGACUUCUAUCGUAUGACUGGACAGACAUGGAAGCUUAGCCAGGGUUUCACACUGGGAGAGGAGGGAGAGACUGAGGCAAACACAGAGGAGGAUGAUAACGAGACUCCCAACCAGAAGGCAGCAAGGAGACGAAAGCAGCUAGAGACGCCACAUCAAGCUCCUGUUCAGAAAGAACUCCCUAAGGAGAAAAAGAUCAUAAUCUUACCAGAUGAGCCUCCAGAAAACACUGAGGGGGUUUUGAGGAUUGCGCUGAGAUGUCCAAGUGGAAGAACAUUACAAAGGAGGUUCUUCAAAACCUGCAGUUCUUCAGUUCUCUUAGACUGGUUGCACAAGUCUGGAUACUCUCCCACGUUAUACGCCCUGUACACCUCCUACCCUCGAAUGCCCCUUCUCACACACUCAGCCCUCACUAUGGAGGAUGUUGGGAUCGUUACGAACACUAUCCUCAAUGUGGAGGAAAAGGACCCUUCCACAACCUAAUAAUCUUCUGAAUGGAUUUAUAUGGUUUGUGCCAUCUCUAUUGCCAAACAGUAGAUUCAGCAUUUCUCCCCAUGACUUUGUAAAACCACCACCUGACCUGCUCCAUAACCUGCUAUCUGACCUGCCAUUGGACCAGACCUGCCACUAGACGUGCCAGUGGACCUGCCGCCAGACCUGACACUGGACGUGUCUCAUUUGAGGCAGCCACCAGCGAUCCUGCCCCCCUUUUUUGCCAUGGCUACAGUGAGCAGACAGUCAGUAAAGGGAAGUGCCAGGGCAUGGGGGAGCUAAGGAGUUCCACCACGCCUACAAUCCAAUCCUGUCAAAAUAAGAGACAAUUUUCUCAAAAAAAAAAAAGGUUGAGCUAGAUGUCAAAUUAGUUGUCAAAUUGACUUGAUUGUAAAACAAACAAAAACACUGCUUAUUUUCAUAUUUUUGGCCUGAAGUGUAUGAAUAAAAAAAGAUAUUCCAGUCAAGA